AUGGGCGGAGGCUACUUGUGCGGCACUAUUUUCAGCUUUAUCGGCUUCGUUUUCCUGGUGGUCGUGGGCUGCUUGCUGAAGCUGCAACCUAUAUACAUUCAUAACGCCAAGACACCCAAUUCUGGUGCUAACUCGUGCUUUGAGGCGGCCAUGCUGUACGCAGUCGCGAUGGGUGUGUGCUACACAUUGUGGCGUAAAGAAAAGCUCUGCGCAGGUGAGAUGGAAUUUCUCUCGGAGAGCCUAACAUUCAAACGAGAUCGCGCCUUCUAUGGGUCCGAAGAAUCAGAAGAAGAACUACCACUUGCGAGGAACAUGUCUCCCAUGCCGCGCAUGGUGUAG